CUUCAUUGCGCAAAUUGCUAAGUAUUACCUAUUGGGACCAGUUCUAUUUAGAUUUGGGUGUUCAUAUUCUGCCCUACGACAUUGAUGAAGCCUGUCACGUGCCAUAUUAUUGUGCGUCCGACCACAGCGUCACGUGGCAUAUCGCCCGUACCUCGCUGGUCCAAGCUUCUUGCUCGGUUCCACCUUGAUGACCCUUAAUCUUUUUCUCAAAAUCAUAGAAACAUCGAUGACCUCAUAUCUCUGGUCAGGCGGGGAUACUCCGGGUUGCGCCGGUGCAGAGGCGACGAGGGCGUCCAACCCGGGCGUGCGAUGUUUGCCAUGUUAGGAAGUUCGCCUGUGAUCGGGCAACACCAAAGUGUGACUGGUGCGCCUGUCAUGGUCUACAAUGUACCUUCUCCAGAUCUAGCCCCGGGGGCUCUUCAAGGCCUCGCAAGCGCAUAUCCUACAGUCAUGGCUUGGACUCCGGCCGUUGGCUACAAUGACCCGUUUGCGGGCCGUCACUGGGGGAAUGUAUGCACGUUCGAUGGCACGCCCAUCUUCUCAACAAGCGGCUUGCAAUGGCUAACCGCAUGUACUGCGAGAGAGCUUACAGUCGCUCAUUAUCCAAUUUCCGAGGCUCCCAGGUGGCUAGACUCUGCUGAUCCACUGUCUCCACUGCCUGACCAGAACCACUUAUACGUAGAGAUCCAGAAGUAUCAAGCUUCUGAUUUUAGCCUUUUUUUCCCCAUUCUUGACCCCUCGCUAAUAACUCACACUAUUCAGGCAGCAUAUUAUGGACAGAUAUCAACAGGAUCACCUUGUUUGAGCUGCUCCAGGGCCGCGAUAUUUGCUCUUUACUCGCUUGCGCUAUCUGUGGUGCAUGGGGACGAGGAAAGUGCGCUGGAGUCGAGCGUUAGAUAUGCUCGUGGAGCAUAUCGCCUUGUGCCAGAAAUCUUCAAGGGAGCUGCAACACUGGAUGGGCUGCAGGCUGUUCUCAUGCUCGAGAGGGCUUGCAGCAGACUUUUAACCAUCGAUUACCUACUGGCAACGGCAACUCGGUUGAAAUACCAGCUAAGGCUGAAUUUAUCCCCUGACGGGAGCUACCCCUCUAGCCGUCAAUAUCCACGCAAGACGCUUAUUCCGCAUAGCCUACGUUUGUGAUAUAGGCUUGACCUUGCUAACUGGCCUUCCCCCACGAUUCGAAGACUCAGAAUGUGAUCCAGCACCUUCCCUCUUCGAGAAUGCCAACGACCCUGCACGUAUUACAAAUGCAUACCUGGACGCAUACGUCUGCCUGGCGCGCAUCCAGUCUUGCAUUUACCGUGGGCUAUACUCCCCCGAGGCCCUGUGUCAGUCGAAUACAGAUCUCUUCCGAACAAUCCGGAACCUGGACCAGGACUUGGAGAAGUGGAAGGAUAGCUUACCGCUACCAAAUCGACCCACGCUGAUACCCGCUGCACACGAUCUGAUGCUUCAAAAUACCGAUAUGCGGUUCUCGGUCUUUAAC